AUGGCUGAGACUGUGACUGCUAUGAGAGAAGAGGAGGAUGGCAGCGCCGACCAUGCCGAUGGGGCUCAACCUGAGCGGGUCAAGAGACCGCGGGUGGAGGACAAAUGGGUCGAUGGACUCCUCCAGUACUUGUGGAGGGACCGAUUGACGCUGGUCUCCGACCCUCGUGGUGUCUUGGCACGGGGCACUGGAACUGGAAUGUGGGCAGCAGGAGAGGUCCUAUCAGACUAUUUCGCGGACCAUGAGGAGCUUUGCAGGGGAGCCACGUGUUUGGAGCUGGGUGCCGGCAUUGGCGUCGUGGGCCUGACCGUCGCACAUUUGGGUGCCAAGGUGGUGGUCUUGACAGACGUGGCGAGACAGAUCCCUCUCUUGGAGAAGAAUGCAGCGGCAAACGAAUUUGAUGGUCAGGUGCUGGUCAAAGAGCUCGAUUGGACCAAAGAAGAGCAGAGAUGUGGCCUCCAAUGGAAAGGAUGCUGGAGCUUGAUCGUUGGUUCAGAUAUUGGCUACGACCCAAGCCUCUUUGAGCCACUCUGUGAGACGCUGCGAGAACAAUGUGGCGACUCGACCAGGGUCCUCCUGGCGUUGGCCGACAGAGAGGAGGAGGGAGAACCGAAUGUGCAAGACUUUCUGGAGGCAGCAUCGCCAUAUUUUGAUGCGAGCGUGUUGCUGGAGAGACGCGCAGAGCCUCACCAAAGCCUCACGAAGAUUCUCCUCCUGAGGCAGAGGCGUAAGUGA